AUCAAAACAUGGCGCGAGAUACGUGGAGAUUCCUGGCGAAUCCCUGACUAGGGCCACAUGCAUUUAUCGAAAUAACCACAACACUGCUGACCUUAUGAAUCCCUCCAGGGAUGAGUGCAAAGAUACAAGCUCAAAUACCUCAUCGGCGUUCUGGAAAUAUCAUGGUCUGGCUAGGGAUGGGAUAAAUUUAUUGUUGAACAAUGGUUUUGAAGAAUCACAAAAGCUCUUUCGAAGUCACAGUGAUGGCUCUCCACUAAUGAGUGCUGGUUCAGGCAUGGUAGACUUUGUGCAAGCAAUCCUUACAUUUGAGGAUGAUCAGCUUGACAGGGCUCUUGAGAACCUUAAAAGAGCUCAGAGGAUUUGCUGUGUAGAGAACAUCAGGAAGGGUACAGGAAUGGGGCUUGAUGAACAGCUGAUGAGGCAGAUCUUGUAUGCUGAUUGUGAGCUCUACAUGGCUCUUCUGACAUUCCUCAAACAAGGCAUCACUGAUUAUAUCAAGGGUGGAUAUCUGAUGCGACGUGCAUGGAAGCUCUAUGAUAAAUGCUACCGUGAGAUAAGUGCUAUUGGUGGACCAUUCUUGGCAUGGGCCCCUGAGCUAAGGUGUAAUACAAAUGGUGCUAUUUCAUCUGGCCUUGAUGAUGUUGAAGAGGCUAUUGAUGAGUCUGUAGAAACUUGUGUGGUAUCACCCUUGGACCCUGAGGAUGUGGCGUCUCCCCUGGACAAUCUAACCAUAAAUGAAGAAACAGUCAAGCUCUCAGCUGCAGCAGUCAGUCCUGAGGCAUUAAGGCACCUUCAGGCUGCAGUAUCCUGUGGUUAUGGGCUGUUUCAUUUGGCAAUAUCUCUAGUGCCACCCAAGCUGUUAAAAUUCUGUCAUCUUCUUGGCUUUUCUGGAAACAGAGAAAUUGGAAUACAAGCAUUGAACUUGGCAAGUCAGAGUGAAGAUAUGAAAGCUCCAGUGGCAAGACUUACCUUACUGUGGUAUCAUGCGGUUAUCAGACCAUUUGUUGCUCUGGAUGAAGGAAAAAAUGAGGAGGGUUUAGCCAAUGCGACUUCUAUCUUAGAAGAAUCUUACCAUGAAUACCCUUGCUCAGCUGUUUUUUUGUUCUUCAAAGGGCUUGUAUCCAGAUUGAAGGGUCACAUUGGUGUAGCAUUGGAUGAAUUUCAUCAAGCCAUGCACUCUGCUGCAGGACAGCAAGAAAUAGCUCUUAUAUGUCAAUAUGAAAUAGGUUGGUGUCACAUGUUAAGGCUUGAGUGGGAAUACGCUCUCCCAGCAUUUCUUAGAUUGAAAGAAGAAUCCAAGUGGUCGCAAAGUUACUAUGCUUAUCUCUGUGGAGUCACAAUAGGCAUUUUAGGAAGUACAGUUGAGGCUCAAGCACAAUUUAAAUUGGUUCCUAAAUUUGUCAAGAAGAAAACUCCACUGGAACAGUUUCUCUUAAGGAAGGCUGCUAUGUACAAAAAAGGGCCACCAUCAGAGGCUGAUUGUUUACUGUUAGCAUUAGAACUUCUGUAUCUGUGGAGAGCAUUCUACACUUGCAGCGAAACUGUCUUAAAUAGAAUUCUUUCAGAUGUAGAGGAGUGUCAAGUGAGUGCCAAUCUUGUUCCUCUCAAGUCUCUUAUACAAGGAUCGGCUUGUCAGGUCCUCAAGAAAACUGACCUAGCUGUGAAGUUUCUUCAGGAUGCUAUCGUCAAAUCCGGUCGUAGUCCUCCAGAUUCGCACGUGCCUCCUUUUGCCAUGUAUGAACUUGGUGUUCUAUAUGCGCAAGACGGAAAGAUGAGCACCAAAGGAGAAGAACUGUUGAAAAGAGUCAAGGACAACUUCAGUGGUUAUGACUUUGAGAACCGACUGAGUUUCCGUGUUCACGCAGCGCUUGCCAGAAUAGAAGAACGAAAAAUGAGCCAAGGUCAAGUAAACACCAAAAGGUGAAAAUAAUAGCCAAGGUCACGCGAUAUUAACCCGGACAAACCUCACUCACGGAAUAAAUUAUGGAAAACUAACCUAAGAAAAGCUUAGAGAGGAAUUGCAGAGGCAACAGGAAAGGAUUAAAACGGAUCGAUGAGGCCCUCAUCUGCCUGAUAAUGCUCAAACCUCACUCUUUGCUAUGUGAUUGCAAUUUUACCAAUCGAGUUGGUUUUCUUAAAACAAAACUGUGCAAAAAUUGCUAAACAAAAUUACCUUUAAUGAUCCCCUUUAUACUCUAGCAUAUUACUUUACGGUAAAUCGUUAAAUUCCUUUUUAACAAAGUCAGUGUGCUGGCACAACGUUCUUAGACUGAGAUUGUGUUUUAAAGAAUUCCAUUGAUCAAUGUACUUUUGUUUAAAAAAAAAUUACAAUUUUAGUCGCAGUACAAGACUUUGAACUAUGUCUGAAGGCAGCGCCUUAACAUUUAAUCAUUAUUUAUUUGGAGUCCAUUUUCAUUUUGCCCAACGGGUAUGGAAAAAUAAAUUUAACGAGGAGUCUCGACUAAACCACAAUGUUGCUUCAAAGUGCUGUUAAUGAGAGAUCUUUUUGACUGUCACACAGUAAACGACUAAAGAAGCUGGCUAGUGGUGGAUAUUUGCCCAGCUGCGAAGCGGCAAGGUGAAUAUACAAUGCUAGCCACUGACACUCAGGUGAAUAAUUGUUUUAGAAUAUACUAAAAUAAUGAGAUAAUAUAACACAAAGAUGAUUAGAUUAAUAUAUUCCUUCAGCGCUUACAAUAUGUUCGAGCGCGAGUUGCUUGGAGGUGAAUGGCGAAGGAUUUUCGGGGUUUGAGAAGCCAAUUAGAGCACGCCUUUAGCGUCAUUCAGUACUGUUUUGGUAUAUACUAAUUAGGUUUUUUUUUGGAGAGAUAAACCACUUUACAGAAAUACUUCAUAAGCUUCCAUUGCUACGCGAAAAACGAUUGUUUUUUUCCUCGACUAAAUGUAAAUUGAUAUCAUGUUACUUCUGUCUUGACUCUUCAUAAAGGACGGUUAUUAUUUAAGAACAAUUCUUUGUUGAAUCACAGCUUAUUUCCAUUCAUAUUAUUUCCUUGCAAUUGGUUGCACUGAAUUUGUAACAUAAAAGGUAACAAAAGCAACAGCACAGCUUCCUUGUGUCUCUAACUCAAUGAUGUGUCCACUCAGCAUAUAAAGAUUCACAUUUCUUCAAAGUUUUCAGAAAAUCAGAACCAUUAAAAUGUUUCGAUUAAUUAAGAAGGUUUCUUAGCUUUUUGUACAAUUUUAUGUGCUUCAUGUUGUGCCACACAGAAAGAGGCAGCGAUUUCAAUUCAUCAAGAACUUGGUGUUUGAAAAUUAUAGAACCGUACUGAGCCGCCCUAAAGGUGUGAAGUUGCUUCGAAAAGGUUUUUUUUGUGAAUAUUAUUUAUACUUAGUACUAAUGAUAUCCUCUAAUUUUUACAGUGGAACUUUUUAUUAUUUAUUGAAACUUUGGAUUGAGAGAAGAGAUUAGCAACAUGUGGAUAUUUUAAUGACCUUUUUGUCAAGAAUGUAAAUGUUUAUUACCUUAUUAAGAUAUCUCAUAUAAAAGUGCACUUUUCAGUCGUAAGCAAAUCUUAUUUGAAUGAAUCGUUCAGGUAUAUUUAUGAUUUUAUUUAAUGUAACUGUAUAGUUAUUUAACACUUUUG